UCCUGCUGCUGCGGUCACACUGUGUGUGUUGUGCGUCGCGAAAAAAUUAGGUUUUAGCCCGUAAACAGCCCGCCCGAGCAAUGGAGGUAAACAGGAUCACCGUGAGCGGCAGCAGUGCAGCGCCCGUCACCGCCCCCAAUCCCCCCGCAGUGCCCGGCAACCCCGCGCCAGCUGCGAGCACACUAAUCCAAGUAGGCGUGUCGCCAGCAACAACAACCACACCGACGAUAGCAGCCACAACAACAACCACAACUGUGGGAAGUACAGCUAGCAUUCCAGCUGUAAUUUCGACACCACAACGAAAUCCUCCGAUUCAAAAUCUGCCGAUAGAACUGCAGAACGAUCAAAAGCGAAGAAGUUCCUCGCGGACGAUUAAACGGAAGCGUUUCGAUGACGAAAUAGUCGAGUACAACAUUGCAGUGCCCACAAAUCGCGGCGGAACGGACGCCAAUCGCAGCAGCAGACCCCGAACCACAUCCCAAAACUAUCCCGCUUUGGUGGGAGUGCCGCACACCACGCUAGCACCUCUAAACAUACCCAUUUCGACGCCGGAAACGCCACAGACGCCGGCCUCCGUGGAUUCGCUGCUACCCGGGACACCCAGCACCCCAGCGUCACUGCCCCUGGCCACGCCAGCCACGCCGGCUCCCCUGGCCACUCCGCUUCCUGCUCCAGCCCCCGUUGUUGCAUCCACCGCAGCUCAUCCCAAGCCACCGGCGAUGGAGCGCCCGACGACCAGCGAACGGCGCUCGCGUCCAGUGCGUCCGGCCAGCAAGAAAUCGCAGCGCCGGAACGGCCGUCCCAUGGGCCAGAUGGCCACCAAGGAUCUGGGACGCUGGAAGCCCAUCGAUGACCUGGCCCUGAUCAUCGGCAUCCAGCAGACCAACGAUCUGAGGAUUAUCCAUCGCGGCGUGAAGUUCUCGUGCAAGUUUACCCUGCAGGAACUCCAGCAGCGUUGGUAUGCCUUGCUCUACGAGCCGGCGGUGUCCCGGAUUGCCGUGUCCGCCAUGAGAAACCUGCAUCCCGAGCUGGUGGAGUCCGUUCAGCGCAAGGCUCUGUACAGCGUGCAGGAGGAGGAUCUACUGGGAACCAUUAAGAGCUCGGAGCAACCCAAAGUGGAACAGUUCCAGGAGCUGCUGGACAAAAAUGCCUCCAUUUUCUAUUGCGCACGCACUGCCAAGUCCCUGCACAACCAUUGGCUGCUCCUCAAGCAGUACAGCCUGCUGCCGGAUCAGACUGUGAAGCCUCUUUACGGCGCGGAUCAGCAGCCAAUCAGCUUCUCGGAUGCAGAGGAUCAGAUCUUCGAGCAUGACUUGAACGAACCGCGUGACGAGGCUCUGGAGAUAGAGAGAGCCCUUGCAGAUCGUCGCAACAAACGUGAUAUACGCCUGCUGGAGAACGAGCUAUCGCGCUGGGGCGUUCUAGUUGACUCCGUGCUUAGCCCAACGGCUGCCUCCGAGUUCGACAACCAGACGCUGGCCUGUCUGUGCGGCCGCCAUGUGCGCUACCUUAUGCGCUCCAAGGAGAUCACUUUCGGCCGCGAUGCCAAGGACUGUGUGGUGGAUGUAGACCUGGGACUCGAAGGGCCGGCUGCGAAGAUUUCGCGCCGCCAGGGAACGAUCAAAUUGCGCAGCAAUGGCGACUUCUUUAUCGCCAACGAGGGCAAGAGGGCCAUCUUUAUAGACGGCACUCCCUUGCUGUCGGCAAACAAAGCCCGGCUGGCCCACAACUGCACGGUGGAAAUCUCGGGGCUGCGCUUCACCUUCUUGGUCAACUACGAGUUGAUAAACGCCAUCCGCCAGGAGAGCGCCAAGACAUCGAAUCCCCUCAACUAGCUGCGCUUGGAGCGAGCUGGAUGCGAGUCUUAAGUGUAUUCUAGUACUUAGUGAACAGCAAGAAGAUAAUUCUGAAAUAAACAGCAUAUGGACAAUAUGUAUACCCCAUAAA